GUGAUAGAGUGUAAUAGGGUCUGUUAGUGUGAGAGAGAGAGAGCAGGGGGGUAAAUGAGAGGGGCAGAAUAUAACUGGGGGUAACAGCUGUGCAGGGAAAGUGAAGGGGCUGCUAGGGAGAAACAGGAAGAGACAGCGGGUGGGGAGAAGAAAGGGGUGGAGAGAGAGAGAGAUAACAGAGAGGGGGAGGGAGAGGAGGAAGUUAGACAGACACAUAGGAGAGUGUGAGAAACAGAGAGGGACAGAGAGAGAGGGGGGAAGGGAGAGAGUGUGAGAGACAGAGAGUGUGAGAGACAGAGAGUGUGAGAGACAGAGAGUGUGAGAGAGACAUGUGACAGAGAGGGAGGCACAAGGACAGACAAUCACAACUUCACACACUUCCUGGGUAGAGGAGGCAGCAGCUGAAAGUCCUCAACAUGAGUGAGACACCUGUGGUAUCGGCGAGGGCCAAUGUCAUGAUAUACGAUGACGGCAAUAAAAAAUGGGUCCAGGCUGGGGGUGCACAGGGAGCGAGCCGUGUCCAGAUCUAUUACAACCCCUCUACACAGGCAUAUCGUGUGGUGGGCAGAAAAAUGCAGGAUCAACAGGUUGUAAUAAACUGUCCCCUGGUUCGAGGCUUGAAAUACAACCAGGCUACACCAAACUUCCAUCAGUGGAGGGACGCCCGACAAGUGUGGGGAUUAAACUUUGCUAGUAAGGAGGAGGCCGGCCAGUUUGCUACAGGAAUGCUGCAGGCUCUUGAAGCCUUAGAGACCGGAAAUAAUAAUUGGUUUUCCCAAAACGGACCUAAAGUAGAAGAGCCGGAGCAACCAAGAAGGGUUCAGCCUGAACAAGAGCAAAGAAUACAGAGCCCAGUGACUCCAGCUACUCCAGCAUCAUCAGGUCCCCCUGCACCACCAGGCCCUCCCCCUCCCCCAGGACCUCCCCCUCCAUCUGGACCACCUGCUCCACCAUCUGGACCACCUGCUCCACCAUCUGGACCACCCACUCCACCAUCUGGACCACCCGCUCCACCAGGUGGUGGCCCUCCACCACCUCCCCCUCUCCCAGGUGCAGGAGGAUCAGGCAGCAGCGGUAGUGGUGGAGCAGGGGGACUAGCAGCAGCUCUAGCGGCAGCAAAAUUAAAGAAAGUGCAGAAGCAGGAUGAGGGGUCAGGAGGAGUUUCUCCGAUUGGUGGAGGUCCUGCCAAAUCAGAUGCUAGUCGUACAAGUGGAGGUGCAUCAAUAGGAGGGGGCGGAGGAGGAGGAUUAAUGGAAGAGAUGAAUAAGAAACUAGCACGCAGGAAAAUGAUGACGCAGCAGAAUGAGCGCCCAGCUCCAACAUCCACUCAAGACGAUGGCGAUAUAGGUGGUAAAAGCCAAGGAGAGCUCACGCGUCGCCCGUGGGAUAGAGGCAGCACCACGUUACCUAGGAUGAAGUCAACUACUACUAAUAAUAGUAGUACUGAUGUGGCCCCAAGUCCAGAGGAUUCUGAUGCAUUGGAGAGAAUUAAACAGGAGUUGCUGGAGGAGAUGAGGAAAGAACUACAGAAAGUGAAAGAAGAGAUUAUUGAGGCGUUCACACAGGAACUCCGCAAACGGGGGACCCCUUGAAAGAAUCUUCCUUCCCAGCGAUGUCUCAGGCUCCAACUACUGCGUUCGACUUGCAGCUCAUAAGUCAUUCCUCUGCUGUGCGGGGGCUUUAAUGAAGAGGGAGCGGCGUUGCCACACCCCCACGACUAUGCACACAUGGCAUCCUAUGCUAAUUUAUACAUUUCAAUGCACAUAAUCUGGGCUAAUCAUAGCUUCGCGGACUACUAAUCAUAGCUUUGCCCAAAGAUAAUGCCCUGUACUAAUCACUGCCCUAUGCGCACACAGCAGGACCUACUAAUAAUUAUUCUGCAGUGUAUACUGUACUAAUCACUGCCCUAUGCACACACAGCAGGACCUACUAAUAAUUAUUCUGCAGCGUAUACUGUACUAAUCACACUGCAUUCUGUAUUAACCAUCUUCUCAUAGUAACAUUUCAUUUGUCCUCCCUGCAUUUCUACUUUGUCGCUGCAUUUCCACAGUGCAGUACUAAACGGGUUAGCAAAGGCUACAAGCUUUGACCAAUAGGACUGUUUUUUUUAAAAAGGGAUGAUUUUUUUUUACAAUUUUAAAUACAAUGUUUUGUAUAAAAAUUAUGGUGUAACAGAAGCAGCGCUGCAUUGCUAUAUCACCGCAAUGCUAUGUAGGUUGCGCUGACGGUGGUGGGAUUAGGGUUAUUUUAUUUACAUAGAGGCUUAGGUUAAGACACUGGAUGAGGGAAGGUAAUGGUUUGGAAGCCCCUGACUACCCUAUAUUGUCGCUACAUCACGCACGAGUAUCAAGGGAGAGGGGCUACCACGUGCUCUGGGGUCAAAUAUGGUUAAUAUAUAUAUAAAAAUAUUUGAAGGGUUUUUUGUAUCCUGUUUUUCUAGAAAUAAAUGUUGGCCUACUGUAUGAAGAAA